UGUUACAAGUCGAAAAGCUAACGAUGAUUGUUAUGAAUAUUUCACGUAGGUUACGACUUUAUAGUGUUUACCAAUGUUGUGGUAAUGUACUUUUGUCAGAUGCGUUUUCUUGUGGGAGGCUGAGUGGAAGCAGAGCCGCUGCUGCUCGGUGGUCAAAAUUCAACCAGAGAAACAAGAUUGAGUCCUGCUGUCCAGUAUCUCAUUUUUCCACGGCGACUUCCUCUGAUGGUGGGAAGCUCAUCUACACAGGGAGCCUUGGAAAGGUUGUUCUUGGUGUGAAGCUGUUCUCUUACACCUCCAGUGGGCUCAGUCUCAUACUCAUUCCCCAUAUCUUACUGCAAUCUAGUACCGGGUUGAGUGGAUUCGCACACGCUGCUUUCUGCUGUUGUAUCGGCUUCUUCACCUUCUGCACUCCCAUUCUCCUCCACCUCAUCACCAAGGGCUAUGUGGUGCGCCUCUACCACAACGUACAGUUGGACACCUACACCGCCAUCACCUAUAGCUUAGCUCUGACCGAGAAAAGGACUGUGUUCCACCAAAGCCAGGUGAGGAUUCCAGCCAUCAGCAAGAUGCUCACCACAUUCUAUGCUGACAGGAUGGGGCUGCUGGUGAGCCCGGAGCAGUUCCCAGUGCCACAAGACUACAACCACCUCAUGGGCUACGAUCGGCCCUUCACGUUCACUGACGCCAACAUGGAGGAACCAGACAAAAGCCAUUAAAUUGCUUUAACUGAAGACUUCUAAGUAUGUUGUCACUGUAACAAUUCUUUAGCGCCAAUUCUUUAGCCUUGGUGAAAGUCAGCAAAUUUUUUAUUUUGUACACAAACACCGCCACACAAGCAGAAGCUAACCAAUUAAUGUUAUUGGAUGGGGCAGUAACAGUUCAGAGUAAACCACUUUGUCGCCUCUGAACAGGUGAAAAUAUCAGAAGAGCCUGGUUACAAAGAUUUGUUUCCACUUCACCCAGUGGAAAGUACAGUAGGUGAGUGGAUAAGGAGCUAGCUUGCCACUAUGUAGAGCCGGGUUUGAAUUCCGCUCAAAAUUUUGUUAGCAAAGAAAGUCAUGAAGUCAUUACUAGUUAAAGUUAAU